AUGAGUUCUAAUUUCUUUCGCAGCCUUGGUGCUCGCCUAUCUUUCCUCCGUGGAGGGUCACAAGUCUCCAUUCCUCGUGAUCCCUCAUUCGAUAUCAGUCGUAUCGAACACCAUCCUGAUAAGCAGCUGUUAGCACGGAUCAGCAAGUACUACAUAACUCUUACUACAGGAGACUUCAAUGGAAUGACUGCUCUACAAGCGGAUGACUUGCAGAUCAGUGAUAUUUCUCUUGAGAUUGUCAGGGCAUCAAAACAAACCUGGAACCAAGUGAACUCGGGUUUCAGCUCUCUUAUGACAAACAUCCUCGUUGAGGCCAUAUCUCUGUACGGCAGUUCUGAGCCCGGCUCAUUCGCUCUCAUGGAGUGUGUCAUUCGAUUUACAUUGGCGGUUGAUCCUCCACCGGAAGCCGCGAAAAAUCUACCACCCGGUAUCAAAAAGGGCGACAGAUCAGGCAUGAUUAUGUUGUCCGCCAUCUGGUGGAAUCAAGAGGGGUUAGUGUAUCGUGACUUGGAGUACGGAAGGUUGAUCUGGGAUCAGUUUGAUAUCAAUGCUUUCAAGGUGUAGUAGCACCCUAUGGUUCUUCAACAACUUUCGCCGUUGAUGGCGGCUUUAAUAAUUUUCUAUUUGAGUUUAAUACAGGAAUGGCUCUCUAUGGCCAUGUUAAUGGGAAUUUGCGCGGAGAAUUUUAAAAAUCGAGGUUCAAUUAUAACUCCACUCUCUUUUCAGACUCUGAAAUUAAGGCUUAUAGCACUUCUUGAAGUGUACCAGGCAGCAAUGUGGAUCGUGAGUUUGGCGUUCACGGGGAACCGCACGAGGCUGGCUCACGGAGCGACGCGUAGUUGUCUUC